AUGAAUUACCAAAAGUUAUUUUUAAUAUAUUUUUUUAUGUUCAUAGUAAAAUAUCCAUAUUUGUUUGUUGAAAAUUUCCACAUUUUAAAAAAUAGAAAGCAUUUUCCUUUUUACUUAAAUAGAACUAAUGGUUCUUAUAAAAAGGAAGAACAUUUUAAAAUUGAAAACAAAUAUUAUAAUAAAAUAACAAGAAAAUUUUAUACAUUUAAGAAAAAUAUAUACACAUCUACAUCAAACUUUUCUAUAAACAGUUAUAAUAUUUCGGAAAAACAAUUUUUUUCAAAUAAUAAAUUUAUAAUGAAUAAAGAUCAACCCUUUGUGAUAUUUAUGCUAGGGGGUCCAGGUAGUGGAAAAGGAACACAAUGUAAAUUAAUUCAAGAAAAAUUUGAUUUUACACAUAUUAGUGCAGGCGAUUGUUUGAGGGAGUACUUAAAAAAAUGUGAAAAAAAUGAAGUUAACACAAAACACCAGGAAAUAGUUGAGGAUUGCAUAAAUAACGGUAAAAUCGUGCCUGUGGAUAUAACCCUAGAAUUGAUGAAAAUAAAAAUGGAAAGCGAAAUAGCAAAAAGGAAAAAACAAGAACAGAAUAAAUUAAAUGACCAAAGUGAAUCAGGAGUAGAAAAGAAGAAAGACAGUUUUUCUUUUAAAAAAUUGGAUGAAAAUGCAAAUUUAAAAAAUAUAAAUUUAGAAGAAUAUAAUAAUAAAUUAAAAUAUGUAAAUAAUAUAUAUGAAAAUAAAGAUGUCUUGGAAAUAUUAAAAAAUAAUAAAUGUGAACAAGAAGCAAAAUAUAAAUUUAUAAUUGAUGGAUUUCCAAGAAAUUUUGAUAAUUUUAAUGGAUGGAUUAAUAUAAUAGGAAAUUAUGCAUAUGUUCAUUUAUGUUUAUUUUUAUAUUGUGAUGAAGAGAUAAUGAUAGAGAGAUGUAUGAAUAGAGGAUUAACUUGUGGAAGAGUAGAUGAUAAUAUGGAUACAUUAAAAAAACGAUUUGAUACUCAUAAUAAUGAUUGUAUACCUAUAAUAAAUUUAUUUUUAAAGGAAAACAAAUGCAUUUAUAUUAAUGCAAAUAAAAAUAUUCAGGACGUUUGGAGUGAUAUUCAGUAUGUUUUUACAAAUAUGUAA